UUUGGUCCACUAAAUAGGAGGAAAUAGAUUCUUGGCAACUCUGGAGCUUUGCAGAAAUUUCUUUUUUCUAACGCAAAGCGAGAAGCACAUUUGUUCUUUACGAUAAUUACAAUUUUAAAAGAAAUUUUUUGGUAUGGAAGACAUAAAUACUAGCUUGGAUAAGAUGUUGGCUAAAUUUAAUGACAGUAUUACACACUCUGCUCCCAAAAAAUUAAACUUCGAGUCAUUACAUGAAUCUUUCAGUGACUCCAGGAUGGUGUCCAAAAAACGGCGAUUGUCGGAGAGCUAUGAGGAAAAUGGGAAUGUCGACCCCAGCCACAGCAAUAAUUCGUCCUUAAAUUCAAGUACGGCCCCGCCACCAAGUCCCUGGGAAACACGUCGUAUGAAAGUCGACCUAAUUGAAGCGCGAACAAGGAUUGCCAAGUUACGUCAAGAAAUUGAUCGUUUGCACAAAUUAAAGCAAGAAUCUGAAACUCUAUUAGAAAACCGUGUUACCGAAUUGAAAAAGCAGUGCGAUUUUUCUACUAGCAAAGUGCAGGACUUGGAGAAGCAUUUACAGGUGAUACGUAAACGUGAAAAUGUAGCCAAACAGGAGCUUAUCAAAUCACAUAGUGAAGCACAGCAACAGAAGAACAAUUUUGAAGACACUAUUUUAAAAUUGCAAAAAGCUAAGCACGAAUUAGAAGAUGACGCCAGGCUAAUGCAAAAUAGCAUGUCUAAUGAAUUGAGCGAAUUUAGACGGCAUGUGGAGAAAAUAGAAUUGGAGUUAGAAUUAAGUGCGGAUGAAUUAGAGACAGUUAAACAUCAACUAUCCGAUUAUAAAUCCAAAGCUUCUGCUUUUGACGAUCUGAAAUUGCGUUAUGAGCAAACCUGUCAAGAACUUGAACUCUCUAAUUCACGGGUCAAAGAAUUGGAAUUUGACAUUGCUUCUUACAGUGAUUGGAAAGAGAUUACUAAGAAUUCUCAGGCGCGCUUGCUCAGCAUACCGGACAUGGACAAAGAAUUGGAACGACUGCGUUCUAAUAACAAACACCUUCAAGAUUUAUUGGGCAAUAAACUGCUAUUAGAAGAGCAAGUUUAUGAUUUAAGACAACGAUUGGAAAAAGAAGAAGGCGCUCGUUCUGAAAUUGCUGCCUUGGAAGUACAAUUAAAGCACUCACAGCAUGAACUUAAAGAGUGGAUCAAAAUUGCUCAAGAUCAUUGUGCCCCAAAUACUCUGGUUUCCCCUAUAGCUUUGCGAGCUCGCGUCGAGGAUCUAUUGCAAAACGAUGUCAUUAUGAUUUCUGAAAAAAAUUCGAAGCUCACGGAAACAAAAUCAAUAGAAUCCGAAUUAUUAAAUUUCAAGCAAAAAUGCGACAUUUACGCCAAAAAUGUGGAUGAGUUGAAUGUGGCUCUAAGACGUCAUAAAGCUUUUAAAGAUCGUAUUCAAAAGAAGCUAUUAUUGGUAUCAAAAGAACGUGAUUGUUAUAAACAAUUGCUGGAGAAUUUCGAGAAAGAUCUUACUAUAUCCAAUUCGGGCGUAGGAGAUCCUGGCUCCACCGAGACGCAAUUAAGAUGUCGUGUGGAAAUGCUGGAGAAGACCUUAAUGGGUUACAAAGAUAUGUGCAACAACCUGGAGAAAGAACUACACAUAAAUAAAAAUUUAAAAGCCAGCGAAGCAAGUGGGGAGAGCAUCAUUCCUAACGUCGAAGCUACAAUAGGUUACGAGCACUUCAAGAAGGAACUGGACACUUUGCGUGUGGAGAAUGAACGUUUAAGAAGACGAAAGGAGGAACUAGAGCUAGAAUUAGAGCGUCAUUGCUUGAAGAGUGACCUCAAUACCGAGAAAUAUAAAGUUGUUCACAUGUCUAUCAACCCAGCAAACGAAGCCUAUCAAAAUGCUGAGAAUUUGAUGGAAAAAUUGCAGGCAGAG